UUGACAUCAUAUGACGUGUGGCGUUUAGGGGUGUAUGGUGACGUGCAUCGCGUUAAGGUCCUUUUCAACAAAAAAGACAACGCGCUGAUUCAGUACGCUGAACCGCCUCAAGCACAGCUAGCCAUUCAGUACUUGGAUAAGCUGAAGCUGUGGGAUAAAGUCAUCCGCGUCACCAGUUCAAAGCAUAUGAAUGUGCAGAUGCCUAAAGAAGGCCAACCGGACGCAGGUUUGACUAAAGAUUUUUACCAAUCACCGUUGCAUCGCUUCAAAAAGCCUGGUAGCAAAAAUUACUUGAACAUUUAUCCGCCAUCAUCGACGCUCCAUCUCUCGAACAUAGCUCCUUCAGUCACUGAAGAGUUUCUUACUGAGGCCUUUAUGGAAAAAGGCUUCAAAGUGCGGGGAUUCAAGUUCUUCCCGAAAGAUCAUAAAAUGGCGUUGGUGCAGUUGGACUCGAUUGGAGAUGCAGUUUUGGCUCUUAUAGUAUUAAUGUCUUCUUAUUUACUUAAUUUAUUGAGUAUGACUUUCUGUUUCUUUGGAUGUUUUACUUCUGACGGUGUUGAGGACAGAAUUUGUUCCAUUUGA